UGUCUGUGGCAUCUGUUUACGAGCAUCGUCCACAAAUAACGGAGACAUCGGUGGGGAAGGAGGAGGAGCCAAGGAGCCGCCCAGCAACAACCAAUGGACCAUGUUGAUGCCGGUGCUGGAAUACUCGUACAACAGACACAUAGCCAAGAUACCAAAUUGUAAAAUGAGGCGAAUGACGCUCAAAGCGGCAUCGAUGCGAAUGCUACUGCCAUUGCUGUUCCUUCAACUGUUGCUGCUCCCCUGCCAGGCGGUGGAUCCAGCGGCCAGUGGUGGUGGAGCCACUGGCGGAGUCGGUGCUGCCGCUGGUGCUGUGGCAGGCAGCAACAGCCUCAAUGGUGGACCAGCGGGUGGCACACUGAGUGCCAAUCUCACGGAAUUGGGCAGUCCCGGUGUGUAUAAUUCGACAAAUGGAUAUAAUGCUAAUUGCAAUAUAUGUAGUAUAUGGCGUAUAUGUAGCUGACCCCAGUCCCCACUGCCCAUCCCCCUUGACGACGCCGCCAUUUUGGCAUUUGUGUUUGUGUAUUUCCUUGUGCGCAUUUCCUGUUUCCGUUUCCGCUUGGCAAGAGCAGCAGGGAACGGGUUGUGCUCUGCUGUGCUGGUGGCAAAAACUAUUAGCCACUUGGCGCUAAAUAACCACGCCCACGACCCUUGGCAAACCCCCGUAACCCCACUUCCAUUCACACAGAAGCAAAACACUAAGCAUCAAUUAACCCAAUUUUCAGAAUCCAUUUUCACCUGGCCAUGGAGCUGUGGCCAUGGCUCUUUGGCUCUUUUGCUGAGUAUUUUCCCAGCCGCACUUCUGUGUGGGUUUAAGUGUGCGUGUUUGCAGUUCCUUCCAGCUCUGUAUAUAUAUAUAUAUGUAUAUCAUUUGUAGAGAGUUUUUCUCUUUGCCACCAAUCCCCAAGUGGCGACGUCGAAAGCAACUCCCAAUUCCCCAUCCCAAGCCCCCCCUCCGCUUUAAUCCUGGCUCUUUUUGCCAGCAUUUUCUUCUUCUCCAAACUCUUUCCACAGGCGUUCGUGCAUUUGUUGUAGUUUGGUUUGGUUUUGGUUUCUGGAUGUGGACUUCAACGUUGGAGCAGCAGCAGGAGCAGCAGCAGCAGCAGCAGCAGCAGUCGCUGCAAAUCAUAAUUAAUCCAUUGAUUUUUCAGCAAUUUUUUUGCAGCUUCAAUAAUUCACACAAAUCAUUUCCAGCCAUAAAUAUAAAUUCUUUUUACAGCAUUUAACAAUGAAUUUUACAGCAAACAAGAUAUGCUUUUUGUGGCCAGGUUUUCGCCCUGGAAUACAUAUUACUGAUCCAAUUACAAAUUGAUGAGCAGACGCCACAGAACUUGUACGACAGUUUGUCAGAUACAACGGGCAGCGGGUGGUCCAGCAUUGGUCAGCCGCAGAAACAGCUGGAGAUGCAGAUGUCCCGGAUUGUAUAUCUUUGAAGAAGUGACAACCCUUGAGAAGAAUUUACGACUGCUGGCCAGAGGAGCGGUCUUCAUUUUCCCCCAUCAUCACAGGGCUGAAAGAAAAACGAAUUGAUUUAAAUGCUAUUUCUAAGACUGGGUUGUACAUAUGUCUACUAAUUAUGCAUAAGUUAUUCAGUAAAUCCGCCCAUUCAAACGUGAUAAAACAUAAUUAAGCGUGUAAUUUAUUGCAAAUGUUAUUAUUAUCUGUGUACAGUAUAUCGAUGGUUUUUUUAUUUAAAUUUAGUUUAGUUCCGUUUUCAAGUGUGAAUUUAUUAGAUUUAAACGUGUCAAACAUGGAUAAAAGCGUAAUGGAUGCAUUGUUAUUAUAUUAUAUAGCAAACAUUUCAAAUUCCAUAAAGUUAAAUAUAUUAUUGAGGCACUUAAACCGCAUCACUCUACACUUUUUUCACACAAGAUUUGUAUCUGCCAAUA